CUGCCGAACAAGCGAGGAGAGAGAAGUGAACCCAUCGAAGAUGGCGAGACACGCCGUCGCCUUGCUCUUGGCCGUCGCCUUGCUUGCGGCCGUCUCCCUGCACCCGGCCACCGCGGCGGGGCAGAAGAAGCCGGCGACGGCCGCGAGGAGGGAGGACAUCCCCUACAUCCGGUGCCAGGUGUGCGAGCGGAUCGCGCGCGAGAUCUCCGCGCAAGUCGCCAAGAAGCAGCAGGCGCUCCCGCCCUCCAAGAAGGUGCCGGAGAUCGAGAUCAUCGAGAUCGCCGAGAAUGUGUGCAACCUGAAGAAGCAGGAGGCGGACUGGAUGCUCCGGAUCGAUAUCGUCGAGAAAGGCGACAAGCUGGAGCUUGUUGAGCAAGACGAAGAAGGGCAUUGUAACGCAGAAUGCAAGACCAUUGAACGUGCAUGCCAGGAGGUGAUGGGGUAUGCUGAUACUGAUGUUGCUGAGUUUGUCUACAAAAACAAGCCCUCAGUAGACCAACUGAUGAAAUUUCUCUGCAAAGAUCUUUCCAAAGCAUGUGCCAAGGACCCACCACCAGUGCCGAAAGAUCGGGUCCCUGGAGAUCCAUUUGCCGCAAAGCCUUCGAAAGAUGCUGAGAUGGAAAAGAUAUUAAGAUCAAUGGAGGGCAUGCCGGGAGCCCCGAGCAUGAAGAUGUACUCUAGAGACGAUCUGAUGAAAAACAACUUCGGGGCUGAAGAGGAUGAGGAGGAGGAUGAUGAAGAUGAGGAGGACAACUUCUCGAAGAACUUGGGAAAAGUUCUAAAAGACAAGGGUUCUCAAAAGAAAGAUUUGAAACAGCAAGUCGUGCAACAGUUUAAGGAUACCAGCAAAAAAUUGAAAGGGAACGUAAACAAGGUGUCUAAAAUGGUAAAGAAAUGGUGGCAAGGGACGAAGAAGCCUGCAAAAUCUGGCAAAAGCAAAACUGAACUGUGAAGACCGCAGCAUUGUCGAAUUGGUUCAGUAAAGUGAUACAUCUUCCAUUUUCCUGGAGCAAAAUCUUAGAUGAUUUUCUUGGAACAGUGUGCCCGCAGCAAAAGCAUCCAAAGCUUUUGAUAGAGAUUUUAACUACAUAAACGUGUACAAUUUUUUCAGUCAUUUUCAAUGUACACUAGGAGAACAGCUGGACUCUGGAGUUCGACAAUGAGCACUUCUGUGAAGGAGGCACUGCUAGUUUACAAUGUUAGUCAAGUGUCAAUUUGUGAAACAACUGGACUUAUGUGAAGGAAGCACAACUAGUUUACUAGUUUACAAUGUUA